UGGCUCAACUGACAAAUGGCGAGCCAGAGAGUGAUGACCUCUCCUCCACCCACCUACGAUGAGGUCAAAGAAAAGCGCGCUGAAACCGUGGCUCAACAACCAACUCAACAACCACCCUCCACUGGACAGGUUUUCUACUCCACACAGCAGCCGCAGGUGGUCCCCGGCACUGUUUAUCAAAUGCCCUACCAAAUCCCUCAAAUGUAUCAGCAGGUUGAGGCUGCAAUGGGCAAGCCCCCUUACCCUGGUCCCAGUGAUUACCUCAUUUUGAGCCUGGUUACCAUGAUCAUGUGUGGAUUACUCAACAUCACCUCUCUCAUGAUUGGCAUUCCAGGACUUGUGUUUGCAAGCUUGAGCAACCACAAUCGCACAGCCAACAAGAACUACCACAAUGCCAAGAGGUACUCUAACUACGCCCUGUCUUAGCCAACAUCAUCUACACCCUCUUGUUGGGUGUCAUUUUGACUGGAGUUGCCGUGGGGAUUGGCUCUCGCUGCUACAAUUGCUAUUACUACUACGGCUGAUAAUUUCUGAGAACACUAUACUUAUAUGAAACUGAAAGUUAAAAGGAACAGAAUUAAGUAGUAGAGUAAACAAACUUAUAUAGAGUAUAGCUUUUAGCUUUUAGUGUAUAUCAUUACAUGGUGCAUUUGUACAAGCAUAAUCCAUGAUGUUUGUAUAACAUGUUUACAGUUAA